UACACGUGCGGAGGAGCAAAAGCAGAUUCAAAGCAAAUCAAUCGGUUUUCGGCAUAAUUUUUAAAACAAAAAUCCUUUUAUUUAAUUUUAUUUAAACAAAAUGCCACCAGCUAUUGAUUUAUCUGUAAAACCUAAAAAAAUCAUAUUCGAUGAUGAUGGUGAAGUUCUGAGCGAAGUCAAGAUCAAAAAUAAGAACAGGAAGAAAAAGUUAUCCACAUCCGAAGAAAAUCCAGAAGCCGAUGAUAACGACGACGAUGUUGCUUCAGAGAAUGGACAAGCAAUCAAGGAUGAGGAAGAUGAAGAGGACUUCUUUGCAAAAGAAGAAAAAUUAAAGAAAAAAUACAAAUCGGACUCAAAUAAUGAAUCACAAAAGAAAUGGUUUCAAGUGUACCCACAGUAUCCAUCAACAGAGGAGAUCCUCGACAUAAAGGAAAAAGAACAAACUGAAUUGUUCAAUAUUUGCAAAGCAGCAUAUGAAACGGAGUUGCCACGUUUUGUAAAAAAGAAUCCAAAUGAUUCCAAAUGGUUGCUUACUGCCAUACACAAGGGUACAGCUAAGGAUCGUGCCAAUGCUGGAGCUCUUCUUGUCACUAGCAAUCCAAUGGGAAAUAUGCAAGCACUCGAGACCCUCAUUGGCUACACAAAGAUGUCCAACAAGUCGUGCACCGAAGUGAUAUCGAUUCUCACCGAUCUCAUCAUUGAAGUUUUGCUUCCAGCCCACAGAAAGUUACUCUCGAUUCCGAUGCGUGCUGCUGACUGGAAGGCACUUAAGAAGGACGAGUCACUAACCAAGGAGCAACAGAGGAAGAUUUUUGCCUAUUGGUAUUUCGAAAACGAGUUAAAAGAUCAAUAUUUCGAAUUCUUGAAAAAUCUGCAGCAGAACCUCCAAACUGGACAAGAGAACAACAAGACCUCAUCUAUCGUUGCUGCAACUCGUCUCUUGUCCUUCUCGCCCGAAAAAGAACAGAUGCUCCUGACAAUGCUCAUCAACAAGUUAGGAGAUCCGAUUCCUAAAGUAGCCUCGAAGGCCUUGCAUCAUCUGUCCGAAGUCGCAUACAAGCAUCCUAACAUGUGUGGUGUCAUUACCGCAGAGGCAGAAAAGCUUCUCUUCCGAAACAAUAUAUCGGAGCGAGCGCAGCAUUUUGCCUUGUGCUUCCUCGCCCAGAUCGCUCCUAGCGGACGACCCGAAGUAUGUACAAAGUUGGUGAACAUUUGCUUUGCCCUCUUCAAAGUUCUGGUCAAGAAGGGAGCUAUCAAUAAUCGAACCAUGCAGGCGAUUUUGAGGUGUUUGCAAAAGGCAAUUGUUGAGGCACAACCCGCCCCAGGAAGCACUGAGAUCAUGACUAAAGAAAUGCAGGACACUAUUUAUCGUCUGGUCCAUUUGGCAGACAUCCGAAUAUCCAUCCAAACUCUGUCGCUUCUUCUGCAACUGGUCACCGUGAAGACGGAGAAGUCGGACCGAUUCUACAACGCCCUCUACAGGAAGAUGCUCGAUAUGGAGUUGACCACAAUUGGAAACAAGACGGCGGCACAGUUUUUGCAUAUCGUCCAUCGAGCCAUACACAUUGAUUCGCAUGUGAGUCGAGCGCAAGCUUUCAUCAAACGCCUCCUCCAGAUGUCGUUGUAUUUUCCAGCUGCCGUUGCUGCUGGUUGUCUGAUCGUCAUACACAAACUACUUCGAUCCAGGCUUGACUUGAAGCAAGAUGAAGAGGAAGAAAACACUCCCAAAAAUGUUGUGCUACCAGAUGACGCUGAAUUAGCUAAGUUUGAUAGCGAUGGGGAGGAGAAAUACGAAGAUGUUCCAAUUGAUGGAGACAAUGAGGAUGAAGCGGCUUCUGAGAAGGCUGUGGAUGAAGCUGUAGAUGAAGAUGGAGAAAAGGAAAAAACUACAAAGGGCUCCUCUUGGCAUCACGCCAAGCUGCCUAAGGAUGAGAAACCUGAAGCGGCCAGUACAAUAUCUGCCACAAAAUAUGAUCCCUAUCACAGAGUCCCGGCCUUUGCUGGAGCGGAAUAUGCUCUGCAGGCGGAACUGCUUAUGCUGAUGGAACACUUUCAUCCCACUGUUCAGGUCUUUGCCGAGAGCAUUCUAAAUAAGAAGAGGAUUGACUACUAUGGAGAUCCACUCAGAGAUUUCAGUUUGCCGCACUUUUUGGAACGAUUCGCCUUCAAGAACCCGAAGAAGCUAGAUAAGGAUGCAGCUGAGUUGCCAACAAUCCAUAGCAAACGAUAUGUUUCGUAUGGGGCCCGUGGCAAGCCUGUUAAGAGUUUGACCAAGUCCAAUUGCACAGAGGACGAGAUGUUCAUCUUCAACUAUUUGGAAAAGAAACGUGAGACUGCUGUGGUGGCGAAAAAGAAGGGCGAAGAUGAGGAUGAGAAUGAAGUUGGUGACGUUGAUGAUGAUGAGUUCGAAGAGUAUUUGGAUGGAUUCUUUGGCAAGAAGAAGAAAAAGGGAGCCGACGAAGAGGAUGAAGAUGAAGAGUUGGACUUCUUGAAAGAACUUGGCGGAGAACUAAAGGACGAUGACGAUAAGAAGAAGAAAAAGAAGAAGAAAACCGUUGAGGAAGAUGACGAUGAGGAUAUGGACGAUGAUGAAUGGGAUGAUGAUAUGGAUAUGGAUGAUAUUCCAGAGGAAGAUCAUUCGGAUGAUGAAGCUGGUUCGAUUGGUGGUGACGAUGACGACGAGGGAUCUAUAUCAUUGGACGAAGGAGGUAGUGAUGUUGAAUUCAGCGUUUCAGGAUCUGAAAAUGAUGAUAAUGAUGAUGAAGACGAUGAUGAUGAAUUAAAACCACCCAAGUCGAAGAAGUCAAAGAAAUCAGAAAAACCUUUGAACUUCUCUAAGGCUCUUAAGGGCAGUGGUGAUAUGAGUUCCUUGUUUGCGGCUGCCGAUGACUUUGCUGAACUUUUAGAAGAAACCGGCAAAACAAAGGGUCAAGGAACAUCAAGUGCUGUCUACAAUAAGGAUAAAUCAUCAGACAAACAAAUGAAAUGGGAAGAGAACAGAAGGUCGAAUUCGAAAAAUUACAUGGGAAAAGGAAAGAAAUUUGGCGGAAGUGGAGGAGCGAAAAAGUUUAGCAAGAAGAGGAAAAGUUAGAAAAAAGUUUUUAGUUUAAAAAAUAAAAUUUAAAAAAA